GAAAUUAAUAAGAGCAUGGAAAUUAUUAUUUUGGACAAAACUAAAGCUAUAAGUAUUGCUGUAAAGCAGAGGAAACAUUCAAUAUUCAGGCAUACGUGCAUCUCUGCCCAGAUGGGGAGAAGCCCUUGUUGUGCUAAAGAGGGCUUGAACAGAGGUGCUUGGACUGCUCAAGAAGACAGAAUUCUGACUGAAUACAUCAAAGUACAUGGAGAAGGAAAAUGGAGAAACAUGCCCAGAAGAGCAGGAUUGAGAAGAUGUGGUAAGAGCUGCAGGCUUCGCUGGUUGAAUUACCUGAGACCAGACAUCAAAAGAGGUAACAUCUCACCAGAUGAAGAUGAACUCAUCAUUAGGCUUCACAAACUCUUGGGGAACAGAUGGUCUCUAAUAGCUGGGAGGCUUCCAGGGCGAACAGACAAUGAAAUAAAGAACUACUGGAACACAAAUCUAGGCAGAAAAGUUCAAGACCAGUACAAAAGCACUGAUCCAACUCGAAAGAUUUCAACAAAAAAGACUAAUGAGAGCAAUCACAAACCCCCCAACAUCAACCUGUGCCAGAAGAACGCAUCAGUGCCAUCGCCAUCAAAGACGAAUUCAAAUGUGGUCUGGACCAAGGCAUUCAAGUGCUCGAAGGUUUGUAUGUCCCCCCAGCCUGAGCCUAGCAAAGAUGAACACUCUGACACCAAAGUUGCAGGGCCAGCCAUCGACAGUGACCGUCCCUUUGACAAGCCUCGUGUGGAGGUUGAUAAUUGCAAGGCAUCUUCUGCAUUUGGUUGCAGAGAAAAUAUUCAAACAUCAGAGUUUGUGAUGGAUCCCAAUAUGGGGGAGCUUGACUUCUCUGAUCUUAUCAACUCUUACUUUCCAGAUUCAUGUGGCCUCGAGUAUAGCAACGACAAUAACCAUGAAUUACCGCAACAUUUGGAUCAGUCUUUGAUGUUUUCCGAUGAAAUGCUGCCGCACGAUUGGACCAUCAUGAGCAAUUAUGUUCAACCGAGCAUGGCACCCGACUUCCAUUGCUUGGCUUCAAUCCUUGAUUCCAAAGGGGAAUGACAAGUUGAAGAAUUCUGUAAAAAAUAAAACCGUUCAUAUGUAAAAAAUUACAAUGGACACUCGUCUUUUACU